UUUGUGCACCACCACAUGACAGGAAACCAAAAGAUGGAUUACCGCAUUCUGAAACUGCGCCGUGGAGUGGAGAAGCUGGAAAGUUGGGUGUCCUCGCUGGAACAAGAAGUGGGGCGCUCUUCCUUCCUGCCUGCUGAAGAUUCUUUGCCACAGAUGACGAAACAAUGGUGUGGAUCUGGUGAUGUUCGAGAGGCAGCAGACGGUGACCGGUCUUUCCCUCAGGAACGCGGAGCAGCCAUGACGGCGGCCAAGCCCCCAGCAAAGCGGCCUCAGGCCAAGAGCAGCAAGAAACCCCAAGUGCCUGCCAAGAAAGGCAAGGGAGUGAAAGGCAAAGGCCGCAAGGGCAAGAAGCUGCAGCUGAAGUUCCACAUUGACUGCCGCCAGCCUGUUGAGGAUGGCAUCAUGAAUGCUGCUGACUUUGAGACAUUCCUGCAGCAACGGAUCAAGGUGAAUGGCAAGACCAAUAACUUCUCCAACCAGGUUACCCUGGAGAGGAACAAGCACAAGAUUACCUUGAAUGCUGAUAUUCCUUUCUCCAAGAGAUACCUGAAGUACCUUACAAAGAAGUACCUCAAGAAGAACAAUCUUCGUGACUGGCUGAGAGUGGUAGCUCCUCCUACGGCCAAGGACAUGUAUGAGUUGAGAUACUUCCAGAUCAACAAUGAAGAGGAUGAUGAUGAUGAUGGGGAUGAUUAAUUUUUAAUACAGUCAUCUGAAGGA